AUGGCGCAGACCCUGCAGAUGGAGAUCCCGAACUUCGGCAACAGCAUUCUGGAGUGCCUGAAUGAGCAGCGGCUUCAAGGCCUGUACUGUGAUGUGUCGGUGGUGGUCAAAGGGCAUGCCUUCAAGGCCCACCGGGCUGUCCUGGCUGCUAGCAGCUCCUACUUCCGGGACCUGUUCAACAGCAGCCGGAGCGCGGUGGUAGAGCUGCCGGCGGCUGUGCAGCCCCAGUCCUUCCAACAAAUCCUCAGCUUCUGCUACACGGGCCGGCUGAGCAUGAAUAUGGGGGACCAGUUCUUGCUCAUGUACACGGCUGGCUUUCUGCAGAUCCAGGAGAUCAUGGAGAAGGGCACUGAAUUCUUCCUCAAGGUGAGCUCUCCCAGCUGCGACUCCCAGGGCCUACAUGCCGAGGAGGCUCCAUCUUCCGAGCCCCAGAGCCCUGUGGCUCAGACAUCGAGCUGGACGGCAUGCAGCACCCCGUUGCCGCUGGUAUCCCGUGUCAAGACGGAGCAGCAGGAGUCGGACUCUGUGCAGUGCACGCCGGUGGCUAAGCGGCUGUGGGACAGCAGCCAGAAGGAGGCCGGGGUUGGCGGCAGCAGUGGUGGCAAUGGUAGCCGAAAAAUGGCCAGGUUCUCCACGUUGGACCUGGCUGCCAACCGGCCACCUCAGCAGGCCUUGGCUGCGGCGGCGGCGGUGGCAGCCGCAGCAGGGGGCGUGGUGAGUGGGCCCAGCAUGUCUGAGCGGACCAGCCCUGGCACCUCGAGCGCCUACACUAGCGACAGCCCAGGCUCAUACCACAAUGAGGAAGACGAGGAGGAGGAUGCGGGCGAGGAGGGCACAGACGAGCAAUACCGGCAGAUCUGCAACAUGUACACCAUGUACAGCAUGAUGAACGUCGGCCAGAGUGCCGAGAAGGUGGAGGCCCUUCCUGAACAGGUGACCCCUGAAUCCCGGAAUCGCAUCCGGGUGCGGCAAGACUUGGCGUCUCUCCCAGCCGAGCUCAUCAACCAGAUCGGUAACCGCUGCCACCCCAAGCUCUAUGAUGAGGGCGACCCCUCUGAGAAGCUAGAGCUGGUGACAGGCACCAAUGUGUACAUCACAAGGGCGCAGCUCAUGAACUGCCAUGUCAGUGCAGGCACACGGCACAAGGUCCUGCUGCGGCGCCUCCUGGCCUCCUUCUUUGACCGGAACACACUGGCUAACAGCUGUGGCACUGGCAUCCGCUCUUCCACCAAUGACCCCAGGCGCAAACCGCUGGACAGUCGCGUCCUCCAUGCUGUCAAGUACUACUGCCAGAACUUUGCUCCCAACUUCAAGGAGAGCGAAAUGAAUGCCAUCGCGGCCGACAUGUGCACCAAUGCCCGCCGCGUCGUGCGGAAGAGCUGGAUUCCCAAGGGGAAGCCGCCCGAGGGCGAUACCUACACCACCUUCAUCAGUGACACGGGCAAGCUGGAGCCGGACAUGAUGGGCGUGGAGCACAGCUUUGAAACAGCCAGCCAUGAUGGCGAGGCUGGCCCCUCAGCCGAGGCCCUCCAGUAA